CUCAGACUCUGUAAAGAAGCCUGCCUCUCUCCAUCGCUGUUGCUGGCUGUGCCGUCCCUUUACGCAGAAAGCAUUACGCAUCAGUGGACUAUAGAGCGAGGACGCCGAAAAUCACGGCACGUUUCCGUCCCAAAAGUAUUUUAGCCCGUAUCAAGUGCACUGCUUUGGAACUAGAGGCAUUCUCGUUUUCCGAGAAGUGUGGGAAACUACUUCUCGUCUGUCCUUCUUUUUUCUACCCUUGGAUCUAUAGCUCCCGAAAAGCGCACUCCUGUGCUUUAAAAUGCAAGUCGGACGCAAAUCGUGUUGGAGGCAAUUGCAGGCUUCGUUGUUCAGACUGCUUUGUCUUAUCCCCACAGGAUUCCCCGUCCGGAGUGUGGAUAUGCAGCGGGCCACCGACAACAUCACCAUCCGCCAGGGCGACACAGCGAUAAUAAGGUGUUAUGUGGAUGACAAAGUGUCCAAAGUGGCCUGGCUCAAUCGAUCCAACAUCAUCUAUGCCGGCCAGGACAAGUGGUCUCUGGACCCCAGAGUAGAUCUGGUGACUAAAGGACAGCUCGAGUACAGCCUGCGCAUACAGAAGGUGGAUGUGUAUGAUGAGGGGUCGUACACCUGCUCCAUACAGACGAAGCAGCAGCCCAAGACCUCACAGGUCUACCUCAUUGUACAAGUUCCAGCAGAUAUCUACAAAGUGUCAGAAGACAUCACGGUGAACGAGGGCAGUAACUUGACGCUCAGCUGUUUGGCUAGCGGCAGGCCGGAUCCUGCAAUCAACUGGCGACUGCUCAACCCCUCAGCAGAGCCAUUGGAUGGAGAAGAAUACCUGGACAUUAUAGGUAUCAUGCGAAACCAAGCGGGUCGUUAUGAAUGCAAGGCCAGCAAUGACGUUGCCACACCUGAUGUCAAAUACGUCAAUGUGGUUGUCAGCUACCCUCCAACAAUAAAGAAAACCCAGAGCUCAGAGACUCCAGUGGGUCGCAUGGGGACGCUGCAAUGUGACGCCACGGCUGUGCCCACGCCAGAAUUCGAAUGGUACAGAGACGAAAAAAGGCUGUCCAAUGCCCAAGGCAUCAAUAUCCAGAUUCUUGGCACGACAACUCUUCUCAUGAUUGCCAACGUCACUGAAGAGGAUUAUGGGAACUAUACCUGUGUGGCCUCGAAUCGACUGGGCGUCCAGAAUGCCAGUCUCUUCCUCUAUAAAACCAACAGCCAGCCUAUGGACACAGCACCAACCCCAUGUAGACAGACCUGGAUAUCUACUGAAGAUCCAGCUAUACUUUACUAUUGAGCAUUGCCUCUAAACAUUGCCUUCGCUUCACUGUACAAAACUGGCUUGUGUUUGUGCGCUUGUGUGCUAUGAUUCUGAUUUUGGUUAUUAUUAUAAACUUACCUAAGUUAAAUGAGGCAUGAUGAGAUACAUGACGAGUGUGCUAAACAGCUAACUCUCUACUUUCCGUUGAGCUAUGGUUACAGUAGUGACCUUCUGUUAUAAUUUAUAUUUGAUUUUAUUAUCCUCCUCUGUGUUUAUAUACAGUGUGAUGUUUCUACACCAGAAUGUUGUAAAAUCAGCAAAUCCAUCAGAUUGUGUUUAUACAACCUAACAUUUAAAGAUUUAAAAAGCCAAUGUCACUAUUACAUUUGUACCUCCCUUCUCCCCUGUCGUGGGAAAUGAAGAUUCAAUCAUGGAUUAUGACAAAGCAAUGUCCCAUUUUGUUUGUUGUUUCCGUUUUACCUUACUUUAUUAUGGCAUAAGGUGAUUGCAGUGAGUUUCUUAAAAAAAAAAAGACAUGUAAUAAAAGGUAUAAUCAUGAGAAAAUGUUCAUAACACAAAAUAAAGUUGUUUGAAUUUAAUGUUCUGUAUUUGAAUGUGACUUGACAUGUCGGGGCAAGUCACUUUUUUUUGGGAGAUAGCUUGAGACACCCAGAAUCUUAACGGUACAAUUGUGUUUAUCACCAUGUAACAUGCAAAUAAAAUAAUAUAUGUAUUAUGGUA